GUAUAGCCGAUUAAGUUUGGGUUUAAUGGUUUUGAAAAAAUAAACCCUAGACUGAAAGGUAUCAUCAAUCAAAGUCAAUGGGGAAGAACAAGAGGAAAGAUGGAGAAGAAACAUCUCUACACUCUGCUGCCACUGUAUGCGUCUCUGGCUUGCCUUAUUCCUUCACCAACGCGCAGCUUGAAGAAGCCUUUAGCGACGUUGGUCCCGUUUGGCUUUGCUUUAUGGUCACAAACAAAGGAUCUAAUGAGGCUUUGCUUUUGUCAAAUUUGCUUUGCCAGAAGAUGCUAACCGUGCCAUUGAGUUGAAGAACGGUUCCACUGUUGGUGGCCGUAGGAUUACAGUCAAACAGGCCACCCAUCGCCCUUCUCUUAAAGAGCGUCGUUCAAAAGCAGCCCAAGGGAUCUCAGUACCUGAUAAUUUCCCUGAGACAGACACGCAAGGUAUAAGUCUGCCUAGAUUUGGUUUCUUAGUCUAAGUAAGUUGCAUCAGUUCCUCCACCCGAGGAAAAAAUAGAGAAGAAGCCAAUUGAGCGCAAAAAACCAACUAAGCUUCAUGUUGAUUUAGCUGAUAAAGAAACAUGUUCAGAUAAGCAAAGAGUGGCAAGAACUGUAAUCUUUGGUGGCCUUGUUAAUGCUGACAUGGCAGAGGCAGUCCAUAGUCGUGUCAAAGAGAUUGGCACUGUGUGCUCUGUCAGAUAUCCCCUCCCCAAAGAAGAGCUUCAACAAAAUGGUCUUACCCAAGACGGAUGCAGGACAGAAGCAUCAGCUGUUUUAUUUACGAGUGUCAAAUCUGCUUGUGCUGCUGUUGCAGCACUACAUCAAACAGAGAUAAAGGGAAAUCUCGUUUGGGCGCGUCAGCUCGGUGGGGAGGGGUCAAAGGCUCAGAAGUGGAAACUUAUUAUCCGAAAUCUUCCUUUUAAGGCUAAACCAAGUGAAAUUAAAGAGGUCUUUUCAGCAGUAGGGUUACCCAAGGGUUUUGCAUUUGUCAAAUUCACGUGUAAGAGAGAUGCAGAAAAUGCAAUUCAAAAGUUCAACGGGCACAUGUUUAGUAAAAGACCUAUAGUGGUAGACUGGGCUGUACCUAAGAAUCUCUAUAAUGGUGCCGCUGAUGCCGUUACUGCUCCAGAAGAUGGUGAAAAAAAUGGGAGUGAUGAGGAGAGUGAUAACAGUAGUGUUGAUAUGGAGGAGGUUGAUGAUGCUGUAGAAAGCCACCAAUCUUCCGGAGAUGAUAUUGAUGAUGAUGAGGAGGACAGCAGUGACAAACCAAGUGAAUCAGUUGUACUAGAGAAAGAUGCUGUGACCGAUGUGAAUUUUGAAGAGGAAGCAGAUGUUACGAGAAAGGUGCUUAAGAACUUUCUUGCGUCUUCAAAAGUAAAUAUUGCUUCUAAUGAUGGAGAGACAGAGGAGUCGGAUAAAAACAAACUCGAGGAUUCAUCAGCUAAGCCUGUCGUUGAAUCUUCUGGUGUCUCUGAACCUUUGAAAACCAAAGAGGUGGCUCCUAAAGAAACGCAGGAAGAUGAUGAUUUUAAGAGAACUGUGUUUAUAAGCAACAUCCCAUUUGAUGUUAGUAAGGAAGAGGUCACGCAGAGGUUUGCCGUGUUUGGGCAAGUUGAAUCUUUAUUCCUAGUUCUCCACCCAGUCACAAAACGACCAAAAGGGACGGCAUUUCUAAAGUUCAAAACAGCAGAUGCAUCAGAUGCAGCCAUUUCAGCAGCCAGUACUGCCUCAGGUGUCGGUGUCCUUCUUAAAGGCAGGCAAGUGAGCGUUAUGAGAGCUGUGGAUAAGAAAUCUGCACAAGACAUUGGACUCGAAAAGACAAAGGAGAAGAAUCUUGACCAUCGGAAUCUUUAUCUUGCUAAGGAAGGUCAGAUCCUUGAAGGUACACCUGCUGCUGAGGAUUGCAUGAAAACAAAAUGAAAAAGCUUCAGUCUCCUAACUUCCAUGUAUCUAAAACGAGGAUUGUUAUCUACAAUUUGCCAAAGUCAAUGAAUGAAAAGCAACUACAAAAGCUCUUAGUUGAUGCUGUUACUUCACGAGCUACAAAGCAGAAGCCAACUGUCCGACAGAUAAAGUUCUUACAAAACGAGAAGAAGGGUAAAGUUGAUACGAAGAACUACUCACGUGGAGUUGCAUUUGUAGAGUUCACAGAGCAUGACCAUGCUCUUGUUGCCCUCAGAGUACUUAACAACAAUCCUGGUAAAUAUUUGCUGAAUUAUAAUCUUGUUGAGGACCAAAUGUCUCUGCCAAACCAAUGAACGUAAGGUAAUAUAUCAGAGUACUUAACAACAAUCCUGAGACAUUUGGUCCUCAACACCGUCCCGUUAUUGAAUUUGCUGUUGAUAACGUCCAGAAGCUGAAGCUGCAUAAAGCCAACCAACAGUUUCAACGCAAUAGACAGAAUGAAUCUGAGGAGAAGCAGUCUAACGGUGAGGCGCAGGCAGGAGACAUUCAUCCUGGCAAUGAUUUAAAACGAAGAAGAACGAGGGAUGGGGAUAACACUGGUCCAGUGGAAGAGAAGGCUAUGCCGUCAACGUGAACAGAGGAAAGAACAAGCAAAACCGGAGGAGAAGAGUCUCUCAGUGAAAGAAGAUGCAGGGAACAAGAAAGGCCAGUGGAAGAAGAGACAGGUUUCCAAAGAUGUGAGCGAUGCGCCAAGAAAGAGAAAGUUUGAAGAGGUUAGAGGUGGAGAGAAAGUAAACGGGCAAAGGAAAAGAGAGAAUCAGAAGAAGAAGAAGCAAGGUGGACCUCCCGAGGUUCAGGACAAACUCGAUAUGUUGAUUGAACAGUAAAGGUCUAAGUUCUCGCAGAGCUCAGCCAAAACCGGUCCACAAAAACAAAGAUCCGGACAAGUCAGGCGAUGGUUCCAGUCCUGAUACCUUGUUUUUGUCUGAAAAAUCUCCACAAUCUCAUUUCUAGUUUCAUUUUUGCUUUGUAUCCAUCCCCAUAACUUGACCAGAUCCAAACCAUGGAUUUGUUUUUAAACCGGUUUAGCACAACAGAACCGGUUAAGCAAGACGUCAACGAAAAUAGCAUGUUUUAAAUA